AAGCUCUCACACGUCCCUCAUCUAACAUAACACGGUUGUAUCCUCUGCCUGUUUGUUUUAUUCAAGGCUAUGGGCUCUCAAUAUUUCCCAGCACGCUCUGUGCUUUUCCAAAAGAAGUCAAGUGGAGUUACGUUUCGUGUGCCUGCUUUGAUCUAUCUGCCUCACUGCAGUCGUUUUCUGGCAUUCUGUGAGGAGCGACUGACUCCUGCGGACAAUCAGGCACAUCUGCUCGUCAUGCGAAAAGGAACUUUUCAGAAAAACUAUGUAGAGUGGAAGGACAUACAGGUGUUGAGCACGGCUCAACUGCUAGGCCAUCGUUCAAUGAACCCUUGCCCUGUUUAUGAUGAGUUUACAAACACAGUCUUCCUGUUUUUCAUUGCUGUUUUGGGUCAUACCUCUGAGUCUUACCAGUUAAUUACAGGGAAGAAUGUGACCCGCCUUUGCUUUGUGUCCAGCAAUGACCAAGGAGACACCUGGAGCCCUGUCACAGACCUAACUAAGAUGGUUCUAGGAGACAACAUUAAAGAUUGGGCUACUUUUGCUGUGGGCCCAGGUCAUGGAACCCAAUUAAAAUCUGGACGGCUAAUAAUCCCUGCCUACGCAUACCAUAUAGACUGCAGAAACUGCUUUGGCAGGAAGUGCAAAACUUCAGCACACUCUUUCUGUUUCUAUAGUGACACGCAUGGAAAGGUGUGGCAUUUUGGGGAGGUGUUGUCAGCUCCAGAGAGUGUGGAAUGUCAAAUGGUGUCAGUCGAUGAAGAAGAUGGAGUCAAUGUUUUGUACUGUAAUGCUCGGAGUACGUCAGGUUGCCGGGUACAGGCCAUAAGCUUUAAUAAUGGUGCUGUUUUUCAUGACGGCCAGCUGGUGCAGAAACUAGUGGAGCCCAAUAAUGGAUGUCAUGGCAGCGUUAUAGGAUUUCCAGCCCCCUUCUACCAGCUUGGGCAAUCCCAACACUUAUUGAGACAGCUGAUGUCCAUUGCCACCCCACAGGCAGACAAGUGUCUAGGUUCAAAAUCUCCAAAGAACUUCCUCCAAUCGACAUGGGUGAUUUAUACACAUCCAACUUGCUCGAAUUCUCGACGUGAUCUGGGCGUUUAUCUCAGUCUUCUGCCACGAGACCCAGACAGCUGGUCAGCACCUUGGAUCAUAUAUGAUGGGCCCAGUGCUUAUUCAGACCUGGCGUACAUUGAGCUGAUGUCUGUUGAUGGUACAGGAGUCCCUGUCUUUGCUUGCCUUUUUGAGAAUGGCACAAGAACAGCUUAUGAAGAGAUUUCUUUCUGCAUCUUCUCAUUGUAUGAGCUGAUCCACCACCUACCCCACAACAAUCACAGGAGAAGAGACCUUGUGAAAAGGAAAAUUUGGAAGUGCUGCUCUGUCUCCUGACUGUAUGAUUAUUGCAACAGAUUUUGCAGCUGCCCUUUUGUAUCGCAAACCUUGGUGCUCAUAACAUACCAUAGUUUGACUAGUAUUAAGUGAAAUUAAAAAAUGUCUUACAUUUUGAAAUAUGUAUCAUGCUAUUUUACUAUAACCCUUAGAAACAUUAGUAGGCUGUAGUUUGUUAUUUUUUACCAUGUACACCAAGUAUUAUUGUUACCAUUAUGGAAGGCGCUCCCCAAGGAUUGUGACGUCACGAAUUUCGGACUUGGCAACUUGUCUAUUAAAGGAUGGAGUUUUGACGAGUCUGACAGAAACUGAACGCAACCGCCAUUUCUCCGGUGUCUGACAGCUCUUUUACUUUGAAUUAGGGGGUUUGACUGUUCAAUGUCUUGUCCUCGAUCCGAGGACCGUGAGACUAACAGACCCAGCUCUGGCUGCCGUGAAGGUCAUCACACCACUGAUCUACCACUGAUUUUUUUUUACAUACAUACAUACAUACAUAUAUAUAUAUAUAUAUAUAUAUAUAUAUAUAUAUAUAUAUAUAUAUACAUACAUAUGAAGGAUCCUAUCUUAGAUCCUCACGUGUAGAAUGUUUUUAUUAUUGUGUUUUCAAAUUUAUUUCUUAUCAUUUAUUUACAUAAUC